GAGGGAGCUGAGCAGGCAGCCAGGUCUGCUUGGGACUAAGGCACAAGGACAUGAGCCCUCAGGGGAGUGGGGAAGAGCCUGGGUUGGGCUCAGGCUCAGCUGUGCUGCCAGGGGAGGUUGAUCCUCAAGCUCAGGGCCAUGGGACCCCUUGCAUAGGCAGAAGGGUCUUUGCCCCUAUUUUUCUAGGCUGCUGCCCUUUUCCCUCUUGGACUGGGGCUACAGGGCCACCAUAGCAGAGGCUCCUGGCAGGACAGGACAUUGACACUGCUGCUCUGUCCCCACAGGAGAUCAUUGACCUGACCUGUGAGGAUGCAAACACAGACCCAACACCGUCGAGCAGCCUCCCCAUCAUCGACCUGACUGAGGACAUGUGCAGCCUUCUCCACUCUACCCUUGGUGCUACCCAGAACCCCAGAAACACUGCCUCAGCAGUACACACGUCCCAUCCCCAACUCUGCCCCACUGCAGAAGAAAUGCAGGCAGUAGCAGAGCCAAGCCCUGCACCAGCAUCACACAGCACUCCUGUGAAGCUCAGUUCCACCACGGUCACAGCAGAAACCAUGGAGAACUGCAGCUGCCUUUCUCCUGUCUCUAGCCACAGCUGGAGCUCAGAGCAGUACUCUGGCACUUCUGCCUUUAACAGCGACUUGGACUCGCAGUCAGACUCAGACUCAGACUGCUUGUCCCCAUCUCCCCCCAGCCUGGACAGCAACAGCAGCAGGAGAGCUGAUGGCCCAGAGGAAGAUCCUCCCCAGCCCUGCCAGGAAAGGAACUUCCCCCCAAGGCUGAGCCCUGCCCCAACCAUUCCUAUAACACCAGGAAAGGCCCAAAGGUCUUUGCCAGAAUCAAGUGACUUCCCACCACAUCAACCAAUCCAGCAAGCCACACUGGCCAGGACUGACACUGACAGCAAGGCCUGUCUAGAAAAACUGCACAAUUUCAGCAGGAAUGGAAUCCAGCACCUCUUCCUCCAAGAUAUAGUACCCAACAGGGAAACACAGCAGAAACGUGGGCUCAUCCCCAGUGGGAAGCUGAGCAUGGUGCACACCACUAUGGAGGAGAACAGCCUGGAGGGCACCUUGUAUUUCCUGAACGAGUUUGUCUCCUGCCAGCACUAUCCCUCCAAAGAAAUCAUCUGCCACCUGAUCAAACAGAUGCUGUUGGACACCCACGAAGAGGAGACCUUGAGUGACAUCUACACACUGCUGAUGAAGAUCCAAAUGCUCCAUCCAGCCAACAUCACCACGGUGGGAUGGGACUGGACACUGCUGAGAUUCAUCAUGGACAACCAGGAGAAGCCCCCUGGCCAGCUCCUCUUCCUGCAGUAUGUGGUACAGACCCUGGAGGAUGACUUCCAGCACAAUCUGAAGUCACACCAGCUGCAGAAGUCAAUUGCCAAGAAAGUGCUUUCAUGUGACUUGUGCUUCGCCAAUGUCAAGGAAGUGGUCAAAUGGUUGGUGGCAGCAGUUACUGGAGUCGGGUUCUCCCAGCCCUGGGAGCAACUGCAAGAAGCCAGGGCUGAACACAGCUCAACUUCACCAAGGCUGGCCAGCACUCAGACAGCUCAGGCUCAGACAGCUUUCUUUGCCCAAAAGGCCAUGCUCCUGCUACAGAGGAUGUUGUCCUUGGCAGUGGAAGUGGACAGAUCUCCCACCUGCAGCUCCCGUAAAAUCGCAGACGACAUAUUCCCAUUCAUACUGAAUAUCCCCCUGAGGAGCCAAAGGGAAGCUUUAUUAAACACCAUGGAGAGCCAGCUCCUGCGCUGCAGGCUGCUAGAGCUGUUAUUCCAGCAUAGUUGUGAUGUGCCCACAACCUCGUCCAUGUCUCUGGACAAGAUCCUGUAUUUCCUGAGCCACUCCUCUGUGCUGCCACAAUUCCAGGAUGAAACAGCAACAUGGCAAAGAUGGGACGAGAUGCUGCAGUACUUGAGUUUGCUGCUGCUCAGUUACCAAAGCGUAAAACUGGAGCACCUGCGGACCUCUGUCAGUGACAGGAUGGAUUUGAUCGCUCAGAAAGCCAAGCCCAGGCUCCAAGACAGUGAUGACAUCAGCCAGCUGGAUAUUCAGCUGAAGAUGAACGACUUCAUCAGCAGAAUGCAGGAGACCCUGGAGCAGCCUUUUCCCGCACAAAUCCAGGAGAAAUUGUUCAUGCUGCAAGAGUUGUUCUACAUUGUCACUGCUGCCUGAUGGAGACAACCACUGCAGCAAGGGGGACAAAACUUCAUGUUCUCAACAGAGAAUGCCCCCAUCUCAUGCUGCAAUCUCAGCAUCAUGGGGGUUGCUUUAUACACUUCUUUUGAAAGGUAUUUGGUUUACAUUGUCUCAGAAUUUCCGUUCAAGUUUGCCUCCUUGUGCGGUUUUACAAAGCACUUUGUACACUUUAAAAAAAUUAAUUCAUGUUUGCUAAGACUCUUUCAUCGUGGUUCUAGCACUGCCCAAAGGAAGUCCAGA